AUGCCCUCCCCCUACCCCGAAGGGAGGCGCUCUGAAGACUACGUCUCCCGGCGUUCCCCACGGGUCAAAGCAAGAAGGUCCCGGAUCCGGAAGCGGAAGUGGUUUGCUGCUCCGGCGUCGGAACGUGGGGGUAAUGGUGAGUUUGGGGCCACGGGAACAGACCAGGUGGUGGGACUCGGCCUCGUCGCUGUUAGCCUGAUCAUUUUCACCUACUACACCGUCUGGGUGAUUCUCUUGCCAUUCAUCGACAGCGAGCAUGUCAUCCACAAGUACUUCCUGCCCCGAGCCUAUGCUGUCGCCAUCCCACUGGCCGCGGGCCUCCUGCUGCUCCUCUUUGUAGGAAUUUUCAUCACCUAUGUGAUGCUGAAGAACCAGAAGGCGACCAAGAAGGUUCGGUGA